AAGAAUCCCCUUCGACUGCCUCCACCACACCUGAUUCUACCGAGGGCGGCAACGAUGAAUCCGACUUCCCCGAGCUGCAGACGGCGCGGGAAUUCUCUGAGGACGAAGAAGAGGCCUCCGUGGAGUGGGGGACCCCGCGGGAGCUGACUUUCUCCUACAUCACGAUCGCGGGGGGCCCCAGCAGCAGCCCCACCAUGGGGGAGCCCGGGUCUCGGGGCAGGCGCGACUCCCAGACCCGCCGGACGCGGCCCGCGCUGCCCCGCACGGAAACCUGCGAGACUUUUGUGCCGGCUCUGGGGGACAGUUUGGAGAAUAUUCCCAGCCUCUGCCCGUCCCCCGAAGGAGAGGGGGCAUCGCCUCCUGGGCAUGGCCAGGGACUGGACCCCUUCUCAGGCUGGGACGUCGAAACGGGCAGCGUUGACGAACCACCGGUCACAGAGGAAGGAAGAGGGCUGGAUUUAUACCCACAGCACAGCCCCACGACGGAGGCAGCGGAAUGGGGACGGUGCAGGACGUCAUCUUCAGAUACUUCCUCGGAGGAGCUCCCGCGACCCGACGCCUUAACGCCCCCGCCUGCGGAAGGCACCUCCCCUGGGGCGUCCGCCGCCCGACACCAAACAGUGACCUCGCUGGAGUCCCACCACCAUCUAGUGCUGGAGGAAGAGAUG